CAAUGCAGCGAAAACUAAUUUUGUUCAGCGUUGUCAUCCCGUUUCUAAUCACUAAUCCGGUCAGCCAUGCCAUUCAAGCGCGCAGUGACAAGGAACAGACCCAAACUGUUGUUUCCGGUACAGCUGUACAAUCGGUUGUACCCGUCCAGGCCCAAUCACAGGUUGGUUCCAAUUCACAAGCAGCUCCCACGUCCAACUCAGCGUUUAAUCCGCUGGGGCCGACUGUGAUGUGCUCGUUUCUGCCUCGAGAUUUUCUCGAAUGCAAGGAGCCCAUUGACCAUCGGAAUAACGAUUCGGCACGCAAUGAGAAAGGCUACGGCUGUCUGCGUUUUGGUGGCUCCAACUAUGAGGACGUUGAGCACACCAAAGUCCAAUGCACCGUCUACACGGACAUUGACUGUUACGGCGCGCGCACAUUCUUCCGGGAUGGUGUGCCAUGUGUACGCUACACGGAUCACUAUUUCGUAACCACAUUAAUAUACAGCAUGCUGCUGGGCUUCCUGGGCAUGGAUCGCUUUUGCUUGGGACAAACCGGCACUGCAGUAGGCAAACUCUUGACAAUGGGCGGCGGCGGAGUUUGGUGGACUAUAGACGUCAUAUUGCUAAUAACAAAUAAUCUUCUGCCAGAAGACGGCAGCAACUGGAAUCCAUAUGUUUAAGCUAUAUAAUAUGUUUUAAUUC